UGCCCCAUCCUUGGUGUCAGUGGGGGGAGGAAUAGUGCCCCAUCCUUGGUGUCAGUGGGGGGAGGAAUAGUGCCCCCUUCCUUGGUGUCAGUGGGGGGAGGAAUUGUGCUCCAUCCUUGGUGUCAGUGGGGGGAGGAAUUGUGCCCCAUCGUUGGUGUCAGUGGGGGGAGGAAUUGUGCCCCAUCGUUGGUGUCAGUGGGGGGAGGAAUUGUGCCCCAUCGUUGGUGUCAGUGGGGG